AAGGAUGUAUACAGAGAACGAGAGAAGAUUGGAAGGAAAGAAGAUGAGCGACCCGCAAGCUUUGUACUUUUACAAUGAUAACUGUAAGGAAGCACAAAAGGAUGCAAAGGAAUUAUCAGAGACAGAAGAAAAUGGGGAAGAGCAGCAGCUGUUUGUGAAGGAUUCUGCUGAUGACGUUGAUGAUCAUAUUCCUGAUAUAGAAAACCCACACAUUCCAUUGCUUACCUCAGUGAGAAAGAAGCUAGACCGGUGGCCUCCUCUAUCAAGUGCCCAUUCCAUCUAUAAAGUCCCUAAGCAGCUCCUUGUCAAGAACCCAUCCGCAUACACUCCUAGAGUCAUAUCCAUAGGCCCGAUCCACCAUGGAAGAGAGGGACUAGAAGCCAUGGAAGAAUACAAGCAGAGAUUCUUCGCGGAUUUCCUUCAAAGGACACAGCUUAGUUUGGAGGACUACGUUGUGUUCAUCAAGGAAAGAGAAGGGAAGUUGCGAAGUUGCUAUGCAGACACAAUUCAUCUCGAGAGCGAUGAGCUCGUGGAGAUUGUGAUGGUCGAUGCAGCAUUCAUAGUCCUGCUCUUGGUGAAGCACGCAGAAAACGAGGAGCAAGAAUGCUGCAGGAUCUUUAAGAGGCCCUGCCAUUUGAUGAACAUUACGGAGGACAUGCUCUUACUCGAAAACCAGCCCCCGCUGUUCAUUCUCGAUGAUCUUUUCAACUUUGCUAAAAUCGAAAUCAACUGUUCAUCAGAGGACGAAGGAAACGAAGGGGAAAAAGGAGAAGAGGAGGAAGAAGCAAAAGGAGGAGGAGAAGAAGGUUCAGAAGAAGAAGAAGAAGAAGAAGACGACGAAGAUGAUGAUGAAUAUUCUUUCAUAGAACUCGCGUGCGAGUUCAUCAACUUUAGACAGGAUCUGGGGGUCAAAGAGUAUGAUCUAAAAAAGGUUCAAAACUGCAAGAUGGAGCAUUUUCUAGACUGCCUUAGAGUUUGUCACCUAUCAUCUAAGGAGGAUUUACCAGUAAAGAAGGAGCAGGAAAAUUUAUGCACCCCUACCAUCACUGAACUGCACCGAGCCAGAGUAAGAUUUGUGAAAAGCUCGAGUACCCAUCUCCUCGAUAUCGAGUUCAAAAAUGGGGUGCUCUCAAUCCCACACAUGUUCAUGGGCGACUCCGCCGAAACUAUUUACAGAAACCUGCUCGCAUUUGAGCAGUGCCAUUACAGUGAUGACUCUCGGUUCACGGAUUAUGUUUGCCUCAUGGAUGAGCUCAUCAACUCUCCCAAGGACAUAGACUUGCUGGUCGAAUACGGGAUCAUUGAGAAUACCCUUGGCGACAGUGUGCAGGCAGCCAGUGUUUUUAACAGCCUCGGGCAGGGUCUUUCUAUAUCAGAUGAAUUCUGUUUUCCUCAUCUCUGCGAACAGCUGCAGACAUACUACAAAGAACCAUGGCACAAGUGGAAAGCGACGUUGAGGCAAGAUUAUUUCAACAAUCCAUGGGCCGGCAUUUCUGUAAUCGCAGCUGUGACCCUUCUUGUGCUCACUGUUAUACAGACUGUGUUUUCUAUUAUCUCUUAGAUUUGCUUCGAGAUUUGUUUCAUCAAUGAGAAUCUGAAUCCUUUCAAAUGAAUUGGAUGAGUUUCCCCUUCCGCUCUACAAUUGCUAGGUUGAUAAUAGUUGGAUCAACUUAGGAAGCACGACUGAUGGUCCUAGGUUUUCAAACCCAAGGAUCGGUCCAACUGAAUGUGAGUUCUAUAUAUCAAGGUCUCAAGUGGUAGCUAGCCCA